UACAUCUUUUCUCUUCCAUGGAAAAUAAAGAAUGCAACAUCAUGGGCCGUUUUGCACACACACUGACUCGCGUAUUUAUGAUCAUAUGCUUGGAUGAUUUGAGUUAUUCCUAAAGCUCCUCGUGUACAAUGAUCAUUGCUGUUACUUACCCAGAAGAUGUUGAUGUCUCAGCUCCAGGGCCUCAAAUAAUCAUAAAAUUCAAGUAAACUGUCAUGUGUUUGUGCCUAUCGCAGAAUUGAACCUCUAUCAGGGACAACUAAGUUUCUGGAAUGCAACAGUACCCACCAAUCCUAUUUUGUUAUUGUAUUACUUGGCUGUAUAACUUUGUUGUUUGUGAUUUCUGUGCAUAGCUGUCAUUGCUUGGCUGGUAUAUCUGUUUUAUGGACGGUAAAUUGGCAGCUGAAGACUCUGCCCAGUACAUUGUACACUCUGUCCUUGUCUAACAGAUAGCCUGGUACAUCUUUUCUCUUCCUGGGAAAUUAACGUAAUGCAACCGUAUUGGCUGUUUUGCACCCGGACUGGCUCGUGAUUAAUGAUCAUGUCCAUGGAUGAUUUGAGUCAUUAUUCUUAUAGCUCCUUGUUGUGCACUCGAUUGAUCAUUGCUCUUGCUUACCCAGAAGAUGCUGAUGUCUCAGCUCUGGAGCCACAUAUAAUUAUGAAGUCAAGUAACUGUACUGUGUUUGUCUCCCUGCUUACCACACAAUUGAAUCCCCGUCAGGCCUCGUUUGGUUAAGGGGGAUUGGGGAGGUUUUAAGAGGGAGGGAUUUCAGGGGAUUGGGUGAAUCCCUUUGUUCCACCCAAUCCUCUCAAAUCCCCGGGGCUUUGCUUCCAUUAGUAUCCAGAGGAGGGUUUUGAAACACAUGGAUAGGAAGGGAUUGAACGGGAAUGGAGGGGAUUGGGCUAAGCAAACCCCUCCUACCAAAUCGGCGUCCGAGGAUCUGUGGGGUUUCUGGCCCUCCCGGGGAUUUUCCUUUCAAAACCUUCCCAAUUCCCCUUAACCAAACGAGGCCUCAGGGACAAGUGAGGGGGAGGAAUGUAGGCUUACCCACCAACCCUAUAUUGUUAUUGUAUUGCUUGGCUCAAUAGCUUCGUUGUUUUGUGAUUCCUGUGCUUAGUUGUCAUUGCUAGCCCCAUUUUUUGGUCUCUCGACCUAGAAACUUUGGUGUUAGGUGAAGGAUAUUAUAUAUUGCGUGGUGUGUUGACAAGUUUGUUCUUUUCUUUACUAGUGAUGUUCCACCUAUCCUCUUAUGUGUAAUACUACUGACAGGUGACUUGUUCAGACCGUCACUGUCCGGACCACCUAAAAAACGAGCCUCUACCAAGAGAUGAUACUCAUCGUCCACUUGUUUUGGUUCUGCCGUGAAUUGCCAUUAUGUUACUCUUGUGAAAGCACUAGAAUUCGACCCGCGACUGUUUUGACUCACCUAACACAAAAGUAUCUCGUCAUCGGACGAAAAUUCUAUGACAAAAAUACUUUGUCCUGAGGUUCUUCUCAUCGCAACAUUGGACCCCUUAAAAACCUUUCUUCAAGGCCGAAAACCACACUUGAAGGCAUGCAUCAUUUUGCAUCAGGGCGGCGCUUCUCAUUGCUUCUCUCCUCAAGUAAGUUAUCUGUAAUGCUCUACCUCUGGGGCUUCUUUCCUUGUCUGCUUGUUUAUCCUUUGGCCACAACCUCCGUACAAGGCACAUAUCCUCUGUCUUCAAUGGUGCAUCUGCAACAUUAUAAGAAAACCGAAAUCAUCUCUGCAUAAGGACUGCUACUGCAGCAGCUUUACUCUGCACCGUUUGUCUCCAGAACUUUUGCAUCUCGCAUCUUGUGAUAUCACACAUGUUAGUUUGAAGCUGCCAAGGUCGCAACAUCCACAACCAGCCAGCCACGUACAUGUAGUCCCGAAAUCUUCGGAGUUUGCAUGAUCUUUCGCCGAUCAAACCCUAGAGGCUUCGUCGUCCACCGACUGGAGCCGAUGAAGGAGGCCAUCGCCGGCGCCAGCGAAGGUGACGGCGUGGAGUCCAACGUCUUCUUCUGUGUGGCCGUGACGUCCAGGGGUAAGAAGGACAGGCUAUCGUACUUCCGCUCCAGCGACGUUGGCGACGACGAGGAGGCGGCCUGUGCGCUGGCGGCGCUCUGCCUCGACCAUGCGCCGGAGCACCACCGAUGGCACCAUCACACCUACGACGGCAGGCGCACGUUCGCGGUCCUUGCCGCCGACGAUGGCCGCACGUACCUCGCUGUCGCAGAGCCCACGCCGGGCAGCGCCGAGGUCAUCCGCUUCCUGGAGCGCGUCCGUGACGCGUGCAGCGAAGUGCCCAGGAGGAGGCAGCGCGAUGAAGCAGUGUCCCGCCUCGUGCGGCAGUUCGAGCAAACGCUUCAGGCUGGGCCGAGCUCCUCCGCGGCUGCAAACUCGGUGGUGCUCCCCGGCGACGGUUCAUGGAGCGAGCAUGCGUCCGACAAGGACGAGGAGGCGCAGCCGGAUGAAGGCGCGCCACGCAGGCGGCCAGCGCGGUCCUCCUGGAGGCGGACGUUGUGGCGGCGCCACGCCAUGGCCGUGAUCGGCGUGGACGUGGUGCUGUGCCUGGUCCUGUUCGGCGUGUGGAUGGCCGUGUGCCAUGGGUUCAGCUGCGUGCAGCGAUGAAGCGCAUCAUCUGAGAUCGUGAUUGCGUGCGUGUGCAUACUGUCCAUGAAGGCCUUCUCCGUCCGUCGUCUUAUUGUACUUCACCAACUAGCUAGCGGCUACUGUAGAAAGUAAGAAACUAAUAAGCUCCGAGCUUAGCUUGUCGCUGCUGCGACGAUUAAUUUAAUUACGUAGUUGCAUGCUGCCAUGCUCAGAAGCAUAUUGAGAUAUCUCAUGCUUGUGUAGUUCUGUUCAUCGUCAUGUGCAAAUUGUGGAAGCGGUCAUCGUCAUGUCCAUGCAACGUCUUUCAGGGUGGUCGCAUCAUUUGUCGGCCUGUCUUCUUAUUUGCCGCUGGCCUGUCACAAGCUUGUGCUAUAUAUGCUACCGAAAUUCCUUCAGAUGCACCAGGAAACAGUCCUCAAUAUCGUGUACUGCUCUAGCUGUUCAAGUCCUCGAGAUGGAAGGCAGCUUCCAAGCAUCUGGCUCAGCUACUCAUGCACGUCUGCAUACGGUAACUCCAGUCCAUGAAAUCUCUGUUACGACAAUAAUGCGCUGCUAGUGAUAAUAGGUAUAGAAAACAGCUGAAGACUUGCAAUUUUCUGAGUAUAUAGGAUUUUUUGUAGGCAAUCUGAGAUAUGUAGGGGCCGGUUUUUUUUCUUGAGAAAAUCUGAGAUACAUUUCUUUUAGCAACCAUCUGAGAUACAGGGUGAUCGUAUACUUUCUGUUU